CAUUCGAAUACCUAGCCAAUACUCACUUUAAGAAGCUCAAACACUCACGAAAUAGAAAACAUGAUAAGACGUAAAUUAAUAAUGAAAAUAAAAAAAUACAGUAUUAUAUUCGUUGCGAUCCUCCUGGUUGUGCUAUGGGCCAAUUAUGUGAAUCGCGACAGUGACUAUGAUGAUACCGUUGGACCGUUUCCUCAUGCCAAGGAUCAGGCAUCAGCAUCAGCUAGAUUAAACACCCUAUCACGCUCGGAGAGGCUGUACGAGCUGGCCAAGCAGCAGCACUUGCAGAAUAGGGAGUACUACAAGUUGAAGAUGGAGAAGGCCCUAACAUCCACCACCAAAGCCCCGAUACGCAGAUCCGACACCACACGCAGUGUUGAUGAUUUCAUGCUGUACAGAAAGCCAAAGAGGACAGCCAAGCCCGCGAAUCGGUACUUUGUGUACAGCCGAAAGUGCAAGAUUCCCUAUGCGGAUCCCUUCUCCAGAGAAGCUCUGGCCGUCUAUACUCCAUCCACACUGAGAAGCUGCACCAAUGAGUCGGAUCUGAUGUCGCUGAGCUACGAUCUCAAACUACAGAAAUACAAAAUCCAUGUGAAUACCGAGGUGCUGGUCGGAUUGGCUCCGAACAUCACUGAGCUGACUUGCAGCUAUCAGGAGGUGAUCCGCGGUCAAAAUGCAACCGGAGCGUUCUUUAGUGUACUUCUGCCACCCGUCGAAAUCACACAGUCCAUGGCGCUGGAUAAGAAUAUGAGUGGAAUUAUAGCCGAGUGCCAUGAUGGAAGGAACGCGUCCAGAAUCAUUCAGAGGGAUGCCUUCCCGCUCGUGCAAGUGAUCAACAAGGAACCUCGGACUGAGUCGCAACCAUCGGAUAGGCAGCCCAGCGUCAUCAUGCUGGGCCUGGACACCAUGUCGCGUAUGAACUUUAGGCGCACAAUGCCAAGGACGGCCGAAUAUGUGCGACAGUUGGGCUGGUUCGAGCUGGAGGGCUACAACAAAGUGGCGGACAAUACGUUUCCAAAUCUGUGUGUUGUUAUGGCCGGUGGCAGGCCGAAGGAUCUAGAAAAAGUCUGUGGUGUGUCAAGCCAUGGCCGCAUUGAUUCGUGUCCCUGGAUAUGGAAGGAUUUCAAGACAGCAGGCUACUCGACGGCUUACGGCGAAGAUAUAGUGCGGUACGGCGUCUUCACAGGACCCGAUGUCGGCUUUGGUCAAGUGCCAACAGACUUUUAUCUGCGCCCUCUCCUGACAGGCCUCACCCAGGCGAUGCGCACCUUCCGGAGGUUCGGCUACGACUAUUGUAUGGGCAGACGAAUAACCAUUUCGUAUCUGUACGAUUUUUGCAUGCAGUUCGCCCAACGAUUCAUCGAGGAGUUGGAUCAGCCAGCCUUUGGUUUCUUCUGGAGCUGCACCUUCACGCACGACUAUCAUUACGGAGCUUCCAGCUUGGAUGGCUUGUUCUUAGACUACCUAAAGAUGCUCGAGACGCACCAGGUCUUUGAGAAAUCCAUCGUGAUACUGCUCAGCGAUCAUGGGGAGCGAUACGGUGAUCUCACUGAACUGUCGGACGGUUUCCUGGAGGAGCGUUUGCCCAUGCUGCACAUCUAUUUGCCCCCCUGGUUCCGCAAAGCAUAUCCUAGUUAUGCCCGGACGCUCCAUCUGAAUCGCAACCGUCUCUCGUCUCCGUACGAUCUCCACAAUACGCUGCGGCACAUUCUCCAGCUGAAUGCAACCAAACCUGAGCAGCUUCCUCCGCUGACGAGUUGUCCCACCAGUCAGUCGCUUCUGCACGCCCUGCCGGAAGACCGCAGCUGCCAGGAGGCCUGCAUCGGGGAUCACUGGUGUCCGUGCAACGAAUUCAUUUCCGUAAAGCUCAACGGAGAGGCGUACAACCUGGUCAAACUGACGCUGUAUUAUAUCAAUCGUUGGAUGAUACUCCACCAUUUCAACAGACAUUGCGAACGCCUGUUGCUCGCGGAUCUGGACUAUGCCGAGCGGAAGCUGCUGGCUCUGGAUAACGACAAGGAGACCCUGUACGGUAGCAUCAUAAUCUAUCGUGUGCGCUUUCACACCAAUCCCCCGGAGGGUCGCUUCGAGGCCACGGUGCGCUACCACACGGAACGCGAGAUUUUGAUUGACUUCGAUAUAGAAGAUGUCAGUCGGCUGAACAGAUAUCACAACGAUUCGCUCUGCAUCAAGGAUAAAAUUGCCAAGAAGUUCUGCUUCUGCCUGACAGAUGGAAACCUCGAUCCCGACUGGCAGAGAAUGAUAAUUAAUUUUGAGGAAAACACUACAACAAGUUCUGUUAGUAGCACAACGGAACGAAUCAAUGUUCCAACUAAAUAUAUGUGACAAUUGCCAGAGCUGGAGCUGGAGUUUAGUUUAAA